AUGGGACCUAAACGAUCCACAAGACCUGCCCCGUAUGAUCCAGAACUCCCCGCAAACUGGUAUGUUUCCCGAUUGAAAGAGUUUUUGAAUAAUCGCGGAAUAAACUUCCCACAGACCGCACGUAGAUCAGUGUUGAUACGUCUAGUGGAACAAGAGUCUAUUAAUAGAACAGAGACAAGUGCGCGAUCCCAGAGUUCCGUGCAGCACAACAACAAUGGCGGCGGUCGGGAACUUAUAGACAUUGUCACGAAGCUGACUUCAACAGUACAGAACUUACAGCAAAAUGUGAUCAGUUUGACUUCCAGAGUUAAUACCUUGACCUCGACGUCUCUAUCUACUGAUGUGAACUCGAGACCCAGCGAAAUUACAAAUACACCGCUGCCAAAUUCCACGAUCACAACGCCGACGGUGAAUCCAACUGUAAGUGUAACAACAGCUCUAGAUCCUAGCAGCGGACAAAAUGUGGCCACUACAGAAAUAUCAAACAAUUUCAACAUUUCGUCAGCUAUUACGGCCAUGCAGACUUCAACACCACGCAUUGUAUCGGCGGCGGCCGGAUCUGAAGCUCAACUGGGCAGGCCCGAUUACACUAGGACUAGAUAUGGCUACGCGGCAGAAUCUCUCCCCUUAGUGGAGACGAUCUCUCCCCAACUAAGACAGCAGAUAACGGCAGAUGGAGAGAUUUCGAUGCCUGGCCCCACACUCCGAUCCAGAGCCCAUUCCUUGCCUGCAUCAUUCCGAGAUGUUGAUGGAUUAGAGCAAGCAGUACAGGAUUUAUGGGACAAGUCCUUAAGCCACUCUACCAAGCAGACGUACAGUUCCGCUUUUCAGACUUUUAUAACAUUCAUGCAAAUGAAUGGAGUAACAUUUUUAAAUGAUGGCUUACCACCUGUAAAUGAGACUGUUCUUGUUUAUUUUGUAACACAUUGUAAAUCAGUGUUGAAACUCAAGCAUGACACUAUUAAAUUGUACUUAGCUGGAAUUCGUUUCCACUAUAUAAGAGCAGGUUACGGAGAUAUUUUGCAGGGUUGUGACCAAUUACAAUAAGUUUUACGAGGAAUUAAAAGAUCUCAAAUGAAUGUACAUAAUAAACGCUUACCUAUUACUGUUGACAUUUUACAACAGCUUUUGCAUGUGUUAGAUAAAGGGUUUUUUUUCCCCUUUUGUAGAUCUCAUGUUGAAGUGUAUGUUUUCUUGUGCCUAUUUUGGUUUUCUCAGAUGUGGGGAAAUCACUUGUAAAAGUACCAACUCCUUAGAAUUUGUACAGAUUGGUGAUGUUGUUAUGCAAUCCGACAAAAAUGCCUUUGUUUUGAGACUAAAAUCUUCUAAGACAGAUCCUUUCUCCAGAGGUGUAGAUAUUACAAUUUAUGAGAACGAACAUUUGAAACCUGUACAUAUUAUGAUGUCAUAUUUAGAAAUUCGCAAGUCUCUACCAUUUUUGUUAUCUUCACCUCUUUUUGUAGACAGUGAAUUCAA